UGGCGUGGUACCAAGCAAUUAUUGAUUCAUCUGGGCGCUCUACCUUAUCGACGCAAUCACCUCCAAUAGAGUCCCAGCAACCAUCAUAAGCUGUUUUAUAACUAAAAUUCUCGUGUGUGUGGCGCGAUAGUUUGGAUGAAUAAAAAAUCAAUACUUUUUAGUUCAUUCAGUCGAUAUCCCAUGUGAGCUUUUAAUUGAGUUUAUAUAAGAAAAUCCAUAACCAAAAUAUCGGUCUAAUUAGCUUCGUUGACGUCAGAGUAAUAAAGCAAAUUAAUCCACAGUGACAUACAGCUGUUUGACACUGACGUGUCGUAGCCAAAACAUUGUUCUCUUCCAACAAGCAUCCCUUUAAAUUGAUUAAAUUCCAGAAUGGGAGAUUUUGGGGGUCAAGAGUUCUACUGGAACAACCAGGCUGAAGUACCUUUACAACAAGGCUAUUACGAACAUGAUUUUCAGCAAUUUUCCAACCAGCAACUAGAAUUCAACCCCCAAGAAGAUUUCGUCAAUCAGCAGUUUGCUCAGUAUCAACCAACCACUUUUUACAACCCUAAUGACUAUGACACCAGCAGAGACACUGACGAGGAGUUCGUAGAGCCCCCGCUGUUGGAGGAACUGGAAAUAUUCCCAGACCGGAUUCUGGAGAAGGUUUUGGCCGUUCUGAACCCACUCAGAGGACAUAGUUUAGCAGACGAUGCCGAAUAUUUGACUAAAGACGCCGACUUGGCUGGUCCGGUGUUCUUCUGUCUGGCCCUGGCUAUGCUAUUGCUCUUAGCAGGAAAGUCCCAAUCCUUUGGAUACAUUUAUGGAUUUUCCAUGAUAUCGUGCAUCUUAACAUACUGUCUUCUUUCCCUGAUGUCCAGUGCUGAAAAGACACUUACCUUUAGCACAGUCGCUUCAAUUCUGGGCUAUUGCUUGAUCCCAAUAGUGGCUUUAUCGUUCCUUGGCGUGUUUUUCAAGCUAAGCGGACUCGUGGGCAUCAUUUUAGCUGGCUGUGCUGUCUUCUGGGCCAGCUUUUCAGCCUCCAGGUUGUUUGUUGCAGUUUCAGGCGAUAAGCAACAGCAGCCUUUAAUCAUGUAUCCCUCUGCCUUGGUGUAUGGAGUUUUCGUAUUAUUGGUGUUGUUUUAAAUAGAAAUGUAUAUACAAUUAAAUAUUUAACACCGUUAA